AAAAAUUAGCCUUUUAAAAAGAUCUCUUCUGAUGUUGCGUUUGUAUAUGAUUUUAUCAACCGCAAUCAACGAUUUAUCCGUCGUGCAUAUGAAACGUUUGAUGCAAAUUGCCGCCAGCGUGUUGUGUCGCCGUAGUAGCACAUCUGUCAUCUCGAUAAUUGCAUAUCGGAAGUCAAAGAAGAAUUAAAAGCCCGUUGGGAACAAAACGUUAUAUUCAUUGCAGCUGUUUUAUUUUUGAUGAUAUCUGCACGAUUGUAUUGAGACGAGAGCCAAUUGGUUUCAUCCGGAUGUGAAAAUAUCGAGACGUACAUGGGUGACUGCGAGGUUAUGGUAUCUGAUAUACAAAGAUGAGGAACGGCCUCUUCAUGCAAGCUGAUUGCAUUUGCAAUGUAAGGAAUUAAAUUUGAAAUAGGAUAUCGCAAUUAACGUGAUGGAACUCAAAGUCUGGGUGGAGGGAAUUCAACGUAUCGUUUGUGGGGUUACCGAGAGCACCACCUGUCAAGAUGUGGUAUAUGCGCUGGCUCAUGCUACAGCUCAGACAGGUAGAUUCACUUUGGUGGAACGCUGGCGAAGCAGCGAACGUUUGUUGGCUCCUUAUGAGAAUCCUCUUAAGAUUUUGAUGAAAUGGGGUGAAUAUUCUUCCGAAGUUCAAUUGAUUUUGAGACGUUCCACACCAGAAAAUAAUAAAACUAGUGCAUUAUCAUCUCGACUGACAUAUGCAUCGCGUCCAAAUGGCUUGCCUAUUUCAUUACCUGAGCAUGGAACAGGGUCCACUGACACACAGGAUGAUAACAAAACUGUAUCAACUACACAAAGUUCAGAUUUUGAUGAUACACAAGGAGGAUUGGAAAGGAAUAGAGACACAAGAAAAUCACUGACAUUUAGUGGAUUUCAUGGAAAUGUUGCAGAAAAUAGCACAGAAAUUCAAAUGGAGAAUAAUGUAGCUGUAGUUCAGCCUACACCACAUUUAAAGAAUAAGGACUUGAAUACUCGAAAAAAUGUACAAAAACCGGCACAAUCACCUACGCGAGGGACUAAUACUGAAAUCGCCAUACACUUACAGAAAAAGGUACGUGAGGUUCCACCUUACAGAGAUCCUCCAGGCCCAUCUUCACCGCCAUUACGCACUUUGCCACCUUACCGAGAUCCACCACCGCCGAAUUUAAACAGUCCUGGAAGAUCACAAUUUGUACAUGGCAGCGGAAGCCCUCAUGUACCCAAAGACGAUCAACCAUCUUCUAGUAAUUCUAAAUUGAAAAGAAAUCUCAUUCAGGAAUUUCAAGACACAAAAGUGCCUACACAAUCUGUUAAUCCCCUUUCUGUCACAACACAAAAUAUGGCAACUGUUGCUUACACUCAACGAUAUGUUGAACUUAUAAGACUAGUCAACAAGCAGCGAGAUACUAUUAAUGUCUACAACAAGCUGAUACUAACAAAAUUUGAUGCAGAAAUAUUGUACUGGGAAACAAAGAAUAGGGAACAAAUGCAUCAAAUGGAUUACAUUUCUCAAGAAAUGAAUCGUAUUGAGUCCACUGGACGUAUCAUCGAGGAACAACUCAAGGAAUUAGCUCAUGUGGAAGAAGAAAGUGAAAUAGUUAGGCAACAGGAAAAAACAUUAAAGUCAGAAAUAACAUUGCUCAGAUCAAAGCUUGCCAAUUGCGAAACGGAACUUCUUCAAUGUAAAAAUAAAAUUAGGCUAGUUAUGGAAGAACUUGCGAUGGAACAACACAAUAUAAGCCGUGAAACAGACGAACGACAAAUUAUGGAACGGAAAAUAAUGAGUGAAAUGGAACAUUUACAAAAUGAGGUAGAACAAGCUAAACGUGCAACUGAAUUAGCCUCGCAACAUGCAGAAUCUUUAAAAUUAGAAGUAGUUAACUUAGAGACCGCCAUCGUUGAGAAGAAAUUACAAGUAGAGAGAUUAGUAGCUGACAUGAAGGAGGCAAAUCUGCAAAGUUUAGCUGUUGCAUGCUCAGAUGAGCAAGUCAAAUCUUUAUUAGAAGGUGCCCAUAAACCUGGGAGUACACGUAAAAUGAUAGGAUCACCAAGACAAUUAGAAACUGCAGUGCCCACAAGUAAGAAUCCACAUGGUGUGUGGGUAUAAAUAUUACCUGACAAUAUUGUCUUAUAUGUGAGAAAGCAUAUCAAAGAAUAUAUGUUAAUGCGUUUGUAUGUUUAUAUUGUUUUAAGUAAAGUACGUAAAGUACUCGAUUUUUUCCAUAUUUUUGCAUUUAUUUCAAUAAUUAUUAAUUAGUAUUAUUA